AUGUCAUCAUCAUCAUCAUCAUCAAUAGCACAAUUAAUUCUUCAUGUUUCUCAACAAUAUACAAUUUAUGUUAGUUUUAUUAUUUUAUUUACUGGUAUCUUCGGACAUAUAAUUAACAUCUUUGUAUUUACCCGUCUUACAAUAUUUCGAGAAAAUUCAUCUGCUUUUUAUCUUAUUGCAGAAUCAAUUUUUGAUUUACUUGAACUGAUGAUUGUAUAUACAUCUAAUAUUCCAAUUAAUGGAUUUGGUAAUGAUCUAACACAGACAUCAUUAAUUUGGUGUAAAUUAAAACCAUUCUUUACACAAUCUUUAACUGUUAUUCCACUUAAUAUUGUUUGUUUUGCUGCUAUUGAUCAAUAUUUAUCAACAAAUUAUUAUCCAUAUUUAAGACAAAAAAGUACAAUAAAAUCAGCUAAAAUUCUUACUAUUAUUGCAACUAUAUUUUGGAUUUUACAUAGUACAUUAGCGUUGUUUUUUAUUGAAAUUCAAUCAAAAUAUGGAUGUAAUAUAUAUAAUCGAAAUUUUAGAAAUUAUGUUACAUAUUUCUAUUUUCUUAUACUGAUUGGAAUUUUACCGAUUAUUGUUUCCAUAUUUUUCAGUAUUGCAGCUUAUCAAAAUGUUCGUCGUAUUGUACGACGUCAAAUGCCAAUACGUCGACGAAGACUUGAUCAACAAUUGACAGCAAUGAUUCUUGUUCGAGUUGGAUUUUUAGUUGUUUUACUAUUACCGUAUCUUUUACAACGAAUUUAUACAUUUAGUACAUUAACAUAUAAUGAUAGUGUCAUUUCUCAAGCUAUUUUACAACUUUUUACAGCUAUAACUGUUUCUUUUUUUAAUCUUAAUUAUGGAGUAUGUGAAAUUUAA